UCUUAUUGAAAAUAUGCUUCUGAAGUAAAACUCUAUAACUAAAAAAUAUGGAUGUACGACUUUCUCUAGUUACGUAGUUGGCAACCUUGCAACCCUGUGGGGCGGUUGGUUCGUUUGUUUAUAAUUUUUUUAAGCAGGGGGUUAAGAGCUGAAAAUAUUUCCUUAUUUUUUAAUUUUGGAAUUGGGUACAGAAACAAAAUUAAAAUUGGUUUUCUGGCUGAACAAAAGAAAUUGCUGAGAGAAAUGUCCAAACGAAAAAAUGAUGAUUCUACUCAGAAAACGGCCCCUAGUAAAAAAAUCAAUUCUGGUCAUUGGGCAUUAGGACUGCUGAAGACAAUGGAAGAUCCGAAAUAUAUAAUACAGUCCGAUGAAUUGAUUACCAUAAUCAAAGAUGUCUAUCCAAAAGCUGAAUUUCAUUACCUAAUAUUGCCCAAGGCAAAUAUCAGCAAUUUGAAAGCAUUAAACAAAGAUCAUAUUGAUCUUCUGAAACACAUGGAAAUUAAGGCAAAAGAAUUAUUGAACAGUGAAGCACACAAGCAUAAACAUUUCAAACUAGGUUACCAUGCUGAAGCUAGCAUGUUUCGUUUACAUAUGCAUGUUAUUAGUGAUGAUAUGAACUCGCCGUGUCUCAAAACUAAAAAACAUUGGAAUAGUUUCAACACAGAUUUUUUUCUUAAUUCAAAUGAGGUAUUGUCAAGCUUGCAGAAGUAUGGAAAAGUAACUAUACCUUCUAAAGAAACAUGUAAGUCAUAUAUGGAUUCUCCAUUGAAGUGUCAUAAGUGCUCCUACGAACCAAAAAAUUUACCAGACCUGAAGAAACACAUAGUGGCACAUUUGGAGAAGAAGAACUGAAAGUUUAUGAAAUCAUGGUUAUCACACCUUUAACGAAUAUACCACUGACUUGAGUGAUAUAAACUCAUUCCUCAUUAUAUAUGCAGCGUCAACUAACAAAGGCUGAAUCGAAUUAUUUCAAAUCAUUUUCCGAGCCAAGUACCUGAAGAAUUAAAAACUUUAGGCACCAACAUAGAAAACUUAUACAAACUUUGGCUGUGAAAACAUUAAAAAUCUUUAUUCACUAUCUUA